AUGCCGGUGGCUGAGAAUUCUCGCUUUGGUUGCCUGCUCCCCAGCGACGUGGAGCUGUUGAACCGAAUUAAAUCCUCAUUUGUCCAAGGACCAGGGAAAGCCCAGCCGGUUGAUAGCUUUGCACCUGAAGCCCAGGGACAGGGCCCAGAUCUUAGCCGGCCUGGCGUAGCUUUCCCUGGAUCUCUGGGGGAAUUCGCGGAGCACGGCGUAGCGGUCUGGGAUGAGGGUCAGGGUGGCGGGAGCCCUUAUGGUGCCCAGCCGCCCUCAUGCCGGGGCCUCUGUGCCACCCCGGCGGUGCAGUGCUCCCGCCUGCAUCUUCUCACACCCACUACAACAUGUCCUCAAGUGCUUCUGAAUGGCAUGUGGUCGCCCGGCACCCGUCUCCCAAUCCACAACAGGGGCUCUGGGGUGGCUCGCUUCCAACUUGCUAGCAUGUGGGAACGCAGCCGCCUGCCAUCAGCUCAGGAAAAUGAGUCAGAGCUGAAAAGCGACAAAGAGCCACCCCCUCACGCUCCACCAAGCCAGAUCCGAGCGGCCACGUUUGAUCCCGAUGGGUCGGGAAAAGGGUGGUGCCACAUUGGGCCUUGGGAUCCCUGCCUGUGUGGCACCAACCGUAGCGUAUGUGGCGGUGUGCGUUGCGGGGAAGUGCGCUUGCGUCUUCUCCAUCCGCAAACGCGCACUCUGCAAGGGGAGUUAUUUCUGUGCCACCAGGCGUGCAAGAGUGGGGUUUUCCCCCUCCUGCGCACGGGGAAGGGGGGGUCCCCAAAGGGGGCGUGGCGUCGGAGCCUGCCUCCCCGCGCGGGCCCCGCCCCUCCGGUGCCAAAGGAACCUAAGUCCUCGCUGAAAAGCUGGCGAAGGCGCAGCGUGGGGAGCCCGUGGGAAAACGCCGCGGCGCGCGGGCGGCGGGCGCGCGCCGGCGCGAGGGGGCGGUCCCGGGCCGGGGGCGCGCGAGGAGGAGCCGGGGCGGCGCUGGAGGCUUCGGCGGCGGCGGCGGCGGCGGCUGGGCAGCGCUCGGCUCCGGCGCUCCUCUCCGCUCCGCUCCGGGCGCGGGCUCGGCUCGGCGCGGCGGCCGGCCGGCCGGCGGGCGGGAUGGCCCGGCUCUCGCUGCCUCCGCUCUGCCCGCCGCUGCUGCUCCUGCUGCUCUGCCGCGGCGGCUUCGGCAACCGGCACGCGGUGCAUUGGAACAGCUCCAACCCGCACUUACGGCGGGAGGGUUACACGGUCCAGGUGAACGUCAACGAUUACCUGGACAUCUACUGCCCGCAUUACAACACCUCGGUGCCCGAGGGGCGCAUGGAACAGUACGUCCUCUACAUGGUGAGCCUGGAGGGGUACCAGACGUGUGACGUCAGCCAAGGCUUCAAACGCUGGGAGUGCAACCGCCCUCGUGCCCCGCACAGCCCCAUCAAGUUCUCGGAGAAGUUUCAGCGUUACAGUGCCUUCUCCCUGGGUUAUGAGUUCCACGCCGGCCAUGAAUAUUACUACAUCUCCACCCCGACACACAACCACCGCCGAUCCUGCUUGCGAAUGAAGGUUUUCGUCUGCUGCCGUUCCCCGUCGUUUCCUGGGGACAAGGCUGUCCCGACCCUUCCGCAGUUCACUAUAGGGCCCGAAGUGAAGAUCGAAGAUCUGGAUAAUUUCAACCCCGAGAUGCCCAAACUGGAGAAGAGUAUAAGUGGGACCAGUCCAAAACGGGAACACUUGCCUUUGGCUGUGUCUGCAUUCUUCCUUAUGAUUCUCCUGGCCUCCUAGCUGUGCGGAUUGGAGGGGAGGGGGCCCUGCGGCGGCCCCCUCCUCACACGGGCCCAGUCUCCUCCCCAAGGUUUCCUUGGCGUUGGUUGGCAAACAGAAAAAACAAAUAUUACAGUGAGAUUCCAGAGGGAGACACUUUAAGGCACGCGGUUGGGUGGGGAGGGUGGAGACGGGCAGAACAGCGGGCUUUCCUGGGCAUACCCUAACGCUCCUCCGUCCUGCCACGCCAGCGAAGGCAAAUCGUGGUCCCCACUGCGGCGUCCGUCUUCGCUUUCCGGCUCACCGCCACCUGCCGAGGGAGAAGCCUGCUUUCGGGGGAUGGGUCGUACCCAACCCCAGGCUCCAGAAAUUAAGACACCCCCCGGAAAAAUAAAAGGGGGGGCCGCUUUUUUUUCUUUUGAAUCAUUCCGCUCUUGUGGAACGCGGCACCUUUGGAUCGCAGGCCCGCGUCACCGCCGUCCCUUCGCCUCGUCCGGAAGAGCGAGCGGCCGGACCGGCGGAGUUGCCCGCAAGCGAGAUGCCCGGAAGGAUGGAGUCAGGACAUGGACAGUUUGUAAGCCUGGCCCUUUUCAGGAAGGGGGGGCCGGGGAAGGCCCCACCUGGCUGGGAGAGGGGCAUUGCGCCCCACGGCUUUUGACGUCCAAGAUUGGGGCGGCGCACCACCUCCCUGUGCCUCUCGAGCCGGAAGGAUGCCUGAUACCCAGGUUCUGGAGGGGGGGGGGAAUCCUGUACAUAUCUCAUACGUAUUCUGUACAAAAAAGGCACUCUCUUAUCGGUGUCUAUAGAUUAUAUAAAUUGUUCUUGUGGGGGGGCACGGGGCAGGCACUGGCCUGCCUGUUGAAGCCAGAGUCUUUUCUUUGGGGGGGGGCAGUUCUUCCCUUCUGUCUUCUGUGAAGACCAGACCUAUGCAAGCAGCACCGUCACUUUUUUUUUCCUUCGGGGCGGGGCGGGGGGGCAG